GAUAAUUCAAAAGGGGCGGAUUUUGAAACUGUCCUCAUAUUCUAUUCUGACUUUCGUCAGAGAAGUAAUAUUUUAUUUAUGCUUUAAGAAAACUGUUUAAUAUUGGACUGCGGCGAUAGUGUUUUCCUUCAUGCAAGGAAUUUACCUUUGUUUGGCCAUUCUGGCGCUGCUUCCUGCAGUUGCAAAUGGCCAACAGUUAAGCUGCAAUUUUGACCAAAACACCCUAUGCAGCUGGACAAUCCUCACUGGAACAGAUAUCUCGCCAUGGAUUCUGAACAAGGGUCCUACUCCCUCGUUUUUUACAGGGCCAGCUAGGGAUCACACAACGGAUACUCCAAAUGGCUACUACAUAUACUAUGAGGGCGACAACAAGACAUUGAGCGACAAAUCACAGCUGCAGAGCCCUCAGUUCUCAGUGACAGGCCCCCAAUGUCUAACCUUCUGGUACUACAUGUAUGGGCCCAGUGUAGGCAACCUCAAUGUUUACCUCAAGCAGGGAAACAGCCUGGGCAGCCCAGUCUUCACCAGGCAGGGCACACAGGGCCCCAAGUGGAUCCAGGCCUCUAUCAACAUUGCAAACAAGCAAAAUAUAAGGGUGGUCCUGGAAGCUGUGAGAGGCAGAAACUACCUCUGUGACAUUGCUGUUGAUGACAUUGUCCUCCAGGCUGGCUCAUGUGUCCAGAAUGGUACAGUAACUCUGGCUCCUGGUCAGAGUGGCACAGCCACAUGCAACUUUGAGACACAGAACAUCUGUGGGUACUCACCGGACCCUACUGGAAACUUCCAAUGGAAGUGGGCUUCAGGAAGCACCCCCACGGCCGGGACGGGACCCACAGGGGACCACACACAGCAGUCUGCAGCUGGUCAUUACAUGCUCAUGGAGGCCACAGGGGCCAAUUUUUUCCAAAAGGCACGGCUUGUGUCUCCAACAAUUAGCCCCAGCAGCACAGUCUGUCUGAGCUUCUACUACUACAUGUACGGUCAGACCGUUAGGGGCCUUAGUGUCUACACAAGACUGAACAACAAGCUCGGAACAUACAUCUGGAAUCGGACUGGCAAUCAGGGCUCUAACUGGAUUAUGGGACAGACUACAAUUCGUGGAGUAAACUCAACAUUUCAGAUCGUGUUCGAAGGUAUGCGUGGUUUGACGGAAUCGAGCGACAUUGCUCUGGAUGACGUGCUGGUCACAAAAGGAGAAUGCGGAACUCCUGGAUCAUGUGAUUUUGAGAACGGUCUCUGCGCUUGGAGUAACUCCCAGGGGGAUGACUUUGACUGGAUUGUGCGUGCAGGCCAGACUGACACUGUGAACACUGGACCCAAUGGAGACCAUACCUUGGCGACAAAUCUAGGUCAUUACCUAUACAUCGAAGCCAGCAGUCCCCGGCGCCCUAACGACAAGGCCCAGCUUAUAAGUCAGGUGUUUGUGGGCUCAAGCCAGCCCGUGUGCUUCCUGUUCUGGUACAGCAUGCUUGGUGCAGACAUUGGAACUUUGAACAUCUACACGAAGAUUGGAGGGGUCACAACGGUGGUGUGGUCACUGCGAGGCAAUCAGAACAACAAUUGGAAUCAGGGGAAAUUUACUGUGCGGUCAACCAAUCAGUUUCAGAUCAUAAUUGAGGGGGUCCGUGGCAAUGGGAUAGCAGGGGACAUUGCAGUUGAUGACCUCUCCACAACCACAAGCAAUUGUGCAUUGAUGCCAAGCAAUGCUGCCCCACCUUCUGUCACCAUUUCUUCACCAACCAGCUCAACCACCCAGGGGUCGACAGUUGCAACUACGAGUCACCGGACAACCAACACGGUCACCUGCGACUUUGACUACGACCUUUGUGGAUGGACCCAGCUGACUACGGACUUCUUUGAUUGGACAAGACAGAAAGGCGGGACCAUUCUCCCUGGCACUGGACCUUCGGGAGAUCACACUUCCGGACAGGGCUAUUACUUGUACACCACUGCAUCAGUGAGAUACCAGAACAAGACCGCUCAGAUUGAGAGUCGACAAAUUUCUCUUAAUGGACAUACACAAUGCCUGACAUUCUGGUAUCACAUGUAUGGCCCAAAUGUGGGAACCCUAAACCUGUACGUGAAGAACAAGCCUGUGCUAGGCAGCCCCAUCUGGUCUCGCUCCGGUUCCCAGGGCAACCAGUGGCAGCAGGGAGUCAUCGUCAUGCCCUCAACGGGCACCUUCACUCUCGUAUUUGAAGCUGUGAACGGUUAUGGUUUCCGCGGUGAUAUGGGGCUGGAUGACAUUACAGCAACAACAUGUGCUGGUGUCACCACAUCCGCGCCAGGGGUCACAAACACCCCAGCGGUUGGCAAUCUUGGAGCCCGGGCGUGCAGCUUUGAGCAGCCAACCAUUUGUGGCUACACGCAGAGCACAUCUGACCAGUUUGAUUGGACGUUUGAUUCUGCGGGAACUACAACCAUCGGAACAGGGCCGGCCUUAGACCACACAUACAACACACCUCAAGGUCACUAUAUGUACAUUGAAACAUCAUUCCCCCGACGCCAGGGAGAGAAAGCUCAAUUGAUUUCACCAACAUACACAGACAUUGGAGCGGUGUGCGUGAGGUUUUGGUACCACAUGUAUGGGAGUGGUAUCGGAAUCCUUAAUGUGUUUGCCAAGUCAGGAAACUCGCAAGGGCUUGCAAUCUUCACAAUGCGUGGUGACCAAGGCAACAGAUGGAUUGCAGGCCAAGCUUCCAUUGCUGCCGGAACAGCCACACAGCCCUAUCAGGUGGUGUUUGAAGGCAUAGUGGGAACUAACGAAAGAGGAGACAUUGCCAUUGAUGAUGUAUCUUUCAGCAGUGGAGCAUGUGGAAAUCCGGGGGACUGUGAUUUUGAUGAUGGACUCUGCACAUGGACCAAUACUCAGACUGGUGAUGACUUCGACUGGACCCAGCAGUCUGGUUCUACAUCAACUGGAACUACAGGCCCAACCAGUGACCAUACGCAGGGAAACAGUCAAGGCCAGUACAUGUUCAUUGAGACCUCGGCUCCACGGCAGCCUGGUGACGUGGCCUGGCUGGUGAGCCAGUCAUUCAACCCAGCCUCAAACAAUGGGGGCCGUUGUCUCAGUUUCUGGUAUCACAUGCUCGGCUCCACGGUCGACACCCUCGCCAUAGUGGUUGUACCACAAGGUCGGCCAAACAUCACCAUCUGGACAUUGAAGGGUAACCAGGGAGGAAACUGGCUCCAAGGGCAGGCCCCUAUCUCCAAUCUUGGGGUCCCUUACAGUGUUGUGUUCAUUGGUAUCCGGGGACAGAGCUAUACAGGAGACAUUGCUAUCGAUGACAUCAUUUUUACCCCAUCAAACUGCGGAGUGAGCCCUUCCAAUGCCCAGCCUGGUGUACAAACCACCCCUGCCCCUACACUCAGCACUGCAAUGCCGGGUCCAUUCAACUGCGACUUUGAGACCGGUCUAUGUGGGUGGAGUCAGGACUCCAGGGACCAGUUUGAUUGGACGAGACAACGUGGAACAACGGCAACGGCUAACACUGGACCAACCGGUGACCAUACAUCAGGAACCGGAUACUACGUAUACAUUGAGACAAGCACAGGCAACACCGGCUCAAGGGCACGGCUGAUAAGCCCUCAGGUGAUCGCGUCGAGAACAGGCCUACGUUGCCUCUCGUUCUGGUAUCACAUGUAUGGGCAGAACGUGGGUCGACUCAGCAUGUUUGUCCAGUAUGGCCUUACAGUGCCAUUCUUCCCAUUGUGGUUGAAACAAGGGACGCAAGGAAACCAGUGGAUUCAGGCUCAAGUGAGAGUGGCUGCUACCAGGCCCUUCAAUAUUGUGUUUGAGGCUUCCAAAGGCAAUGGUGACCAAGGAGACAUUGCACUAGAUGAUAUUAUCAUAACAGAUAGUGACUGUACAGUAAACCCCACCAACAGUCCCCUUGGUGCUGCCAACUCCACAAAGUGUGACUUUGAGCUGAGCACGAUAUGUGGGUUCACGCAAGUGACUGGCGGAGCGGACCAGUUUGAUUGGACAUGGGACGAUCAGGGCACACCCUCUGCAGGGACUGGACCCUCGACUGAUCACACUCUGGGUACCGCGCGAGGUCACUACAUGUACAUUGAGACCUCUGCCCCACAAACCCGCGGCCAGAAAGCCCAGUUGCUGAGUCCCAUCUAUAGCGGAACCAACCAGCCAUCGUGCCUUAAGUUCUGGUACAGCAUGUUUGGGCAAAGCAUGGGAACUCUCAAUGUAUAUACCAUCAUUGGAGGCACUUACACACAAGUGUGGAAUAAAUCAGGAAACCAAGGCCCUGCAUGGCUUGUGGCCUCCUACUCAGUCCCAGCAACCUCCAAGCCUUUCCAGAUAAUGUUUGAAGGCAUCGUUGGGAACAGUUUCUAUGGUGACCUUGCUAUAGAUGACUUUAGCUUGACACCUGGUGCAUGCCCUUAUUCAGCUGGUGUCUGUACAUUUGAUGACAACAACCUGUGCACUUGGAGACAGGAGCGGACCAAGGACAGAUUUGACUGGCAGCUGCAAAAGGGGCCCACAGCUACCCCCACUACUGGUCCCACGGCAGACCAUUCUGGAAAUGGUUAUUAUGCUUACAUCGAGACAUCAGUGCCCCGAGUCACAGGCGACAACGCCUGGUUGGUCAGCGACAGUUUUGCACCCGGGUCCAGUCUCAAUGGAGUCAACUGUUUCUCAUUAUUUUACAACAUGUAUGGUCAGACCAUCGGUACCCUGCGCGUCUGGGUCUCCUCUCAGGACGGUACCCAAACCCCAAUCUGGGAGCUAAGGGGGAACCAGAACCAGGGCUGGAAGCAGGGAACUGCUCUUAUUCCGCCUCAAAAAGCAUCCUUCACGAUUAUUGUGGAAGGUAUCCGUGGUGAUGGAGUCUUAGGGGACAUUGCCGUUGAUGAGCUCUCUGUGUUCAGUAUGUCAACCUGUACAAGAACUCCACAGAAUGCGCUGCCGUCUGUAGGUAUUGUAACCCCUAGUGCGGUCCCUACAACGCCCACUACCACCACCAAGUUGACAACCCCUUCACCAACCAUACAGCGGACAACAACACUGGCAAAUGGUGGUUCAGGCUACACCUGCACAUUCGAGCAAGGUUUCUGUGGCUGGCAACAACAGACUGGGUCUGCAGAUCAGUUUGACUGGUCCCGCAAAUCAGGGAGCACCAGCACAUUGGGGACUGGUCCAACUGGAGAUCACACCACAGGAAGAGGGAACUAUGUGUACAUUGAAACCUCUGCACCACGAUUGAACGGGGACAAAGCCCAGCUCAUUGGUCCCACCCUGACACUGUCCACCAACCAACCGCAAUGUUUCUCGUUCUGGUAUAACAUGAUAGGCAGUGAUAUCCGUGCUCUGAACGUCUACCUGAAACAGGGCGCCAACCUCGGUUCCCCUAUUUUCACGCGUGCUGGAACCCAGGGUCCCAAUUGGCUACUGGGACAGAUCCCUAUUACAGGGAAUGGAGCUGCUCAGAUUGUGAUUGAAGGUGUCCGUGGUACCAGCUUUAAGGGAGACAUUGCCAUUGACGAUACUAGCAUAACAGCAGGGGCAUGCCAGGCAACCCAACCUAAUGGAGCUACUGAUUCUUCUGCCCUUGCUUGCAACUUUGAGGCUCAAGACUUGUGCGGGUAUGUGAACAUGCAGGGCUCAGAUGACUUUGACUGGAUACGAAAUCAUGGCCAAACUACUAGUGUUGGCACUGGACCAUUUGCAGAUCACACCUUGGGCACUGUAACCGGAAACUACAUGUACAUUGAAACAUCUGCACCACGAACGCCCGGACAGAAAGCUCAACUGUUUUCAAAGGCCAUCACAGUGUCUAGCCCUAUUUGUGUAAACUUUUUCUACCACAUGUAUGGGCCAACCAUUGGGGCACUAAAUAUAUACAUUGUGCCGUCGGGCCAGUCUGCUAUGGGCCAAGCUGCAUGGACCCGAAAAGGAAACCAGCAAAACCAGUGGACUAAGGGACAGAUAUCAGUAAAUCCUUCGCAACAACAAUUACAGCUUGUUUUUGAAGGGGUAGUUGGAAAUGGUUUCACAGGUGACAUUGCUAUUGAUGAUAUCACUGUGCAACAAGGAACUUGUGGGGUUUUAGGAUCCUGCACCUUUGACAAUGGAACCCUUUGCACAUGGUCAAACGUUAGGACUGGAGAUGCAUUUGAUUGGUCACUCAAAAAGGGACAAACUACGUCUGCAAACACGGGACCAAAUAAUGACCACACCCAGGGCAAUGCGCAAGGGACAUAUAUCUACAUUGAGACAAGUGCCCCUCGUCGUCAGGGUGAGAAGGCGUGGCUGCAGAGUGCCAUCAUGAAUCCCACAGGCUCCUCCCCCCAGUGCCUUCACUUUUGGUACAGCAUGUUUGGUACUAGCAUCGGAACCCUGAAUGUUUACAUCUCACAGAAUGGCUCCCUGCCAGGGUACAAUGUGUGGACCCUCUCCAGAAACCAGGGAAACAGCUGGCAGUCUGGACAAGUCCCUUUUCAGUCCACCUCUCAAUUCACGAUCAUUUUUGAAGGGAUUGUGGGUAAUGGUUUCUAUGGCGACAUAGCCCUUGAUGACUUGUCAAUAACAAGUGGCCAGUGCGCCAUUAACCCUGGGAAUGCUCUACCAGCCGGGGCCACCACUCAGGUUCCAACAACAACUCGAGCAACCACUCCUGGAAUAGCAGCCACGUCUUUACCCACUACCUUUAAUUGCAACUUUGAGAACAACAUUUGCGCGUGGACUCAGGCCACAGAUGACCAGUUUGAUUGGACUCGGCGUCAAGGCGUGGACCACACCACUGGACGUGGCUAUUACAUCUACAUCGAUGCCUCUGGUCCAAAGAUCAAUGCCUCUGCCCGUAUAGUGAGCCCAAGGGUCCAGUUACCCAACCCCCGGGGCCCGCAGUGCCUUAGGUUCUGGUACCAUAUGUAUGGGGCGCACAUCAGCGCGCUAAAUGUCUACCUACAGUCUGCUGCCAACCUUGGCCAGGCUGUCUGGACCAGGAAGGGAACUCAGGGUAACCAAUGGAUACAGGGAGCCUUGGUGAUAAACGCUGCAGCACCGUUUAACGUUGUGUUCGAGGCAACACGCGAUGUCACGUAUGCAGGAGAUAUCGCCCUUGAUGACAUAAGCCUUGCCAAUGGGGCAUGCUCAGACUCCACUCAGACGAGUGCCUCGGUCAUAGACUCCUGUACGUUUGAGACCAGCAUGUGCGGCUUCACUAAUGAUAAAAAUGGAGACAUAUUUGACUGGACACGCCAGACUGGGAGCACUGCAACUCAGAACACUGGCCCGACCUCCGACCAUACACUUGGAACAUCCAGAGGCUACUACAUGUACAUUGAGACAUCAACACCUAGAAGGCUCGGUGAUACAGCUCGGCUGUCCUCACAAGUGUACAAUGGUUCCACCACCAACGAGUGCCUGGAGUUCUACUAUCACAUGUUUGGGCCCCAGAUUGGCACCUUAAAUGUCAAGCUGAAGAUAAAUGGUGCCAUGUUGCCUCCUAGCAUUUGGAGCAGAUCCUUAAAUCAGGGAAAUCAGUGGAGUAAAGGGCAGGUCACUCUAGCAGCUGCAAUUAUUUCGAGGAAUUUCCAGAUAGUGUUCGAGGGUGUGAGAGGAAUUGGUGACUUGGGAGAUAUUGCUAUUGAUGAUGUCAAGCUAAGUCAGGGAUCCUGCAGCAAUGGCGUAGCUGGGGCAAGCCCUGGUGGUUGUACAUUUGAGACUGGUCGUUGCACGUGGACCAACUCCCAAGACGACAACUUUGACUGGAUAGACGGAACAGGAAGUACAACCACCCUGAAUACAGGACCAGUCAAUGACCACACACUCAACAAUGCUCAGGGUCAUUACCAGUUUCUAGAAGCAUCUGCUCCCAGGAAGGCCGGUGACAAGUGCUGGUUGCUAAGCCAACAGUUCCCGCCCACCAGCAGCCGUUGCAUCCAGUUCUGGUACAAUAUGUACGGUUCACAGAUUGGCUCUCUCAACGUAUACAUCAAGUUCAAUGGAGCAGCAAACCAGUCCAUCUGGUCGCUAAGCAGUGACCAGGGGAGUACAUGGAAGUACGGACAGGCCCCCAUCAAGUCCUCUACAGCCUAUCAGAUCAUAAUAGAGGGUGUCAGAGGAAGUGGUUACCAGGGUGACAUCGCCAUUGAUGACCUCGCUUUUACUGAUAAUCUGUGUGGAGUUCAACCAAGUACAGCUUUCGUCAACUCCACAGCGCCCCCUGUUGGCACAACUAGUGCUCCCACCACCCCUGCCAGCGGAGCUGUUGACUGCAACUUUGACCAGGGCCUCUGUACAUGGACUCAGGACAAGGGAGACAACUUUGAUUGGACGCUCAACAGAGGUCCCACCCCCACUACACUGACUGGCCCUUCUGCUGACCAUACAGGAAACGGUUCAUACUUCUUCAUCGAAACCUCCUUUCCAAGAAGGCCAAAUGACAAAGCACGCCUGGUCAGCUCACAGCAAACUGCCGGCACGUCUUGCCUCUCAUUCUACUACAACAUGUAUGGUCAGAACGUUGGUGCGUUGAACGUGUACGUCAAGAGGGGCGUCGCCUUGGGUAACCCAGUGUUCUCUCAGUCAGGGACCAAGGGACAGGACUGGAAGUCCGCUCUAGUCACAAUCACCUCGGCCGUCCAGUAUCAGCUCGUGAUUGAAGGAGUGGUAGGGGGUGGUUACCUUGGUGACAUCGCUGUGGAUGACAUAACCAUGACAACUGGAACAUGCCAGACAAAUGGCAACAGCAAUUUUGCGUGUGACUUUGAGGACGCAGCUCUGUGUGGGUACACGCCGGACUCCUCGGCCCAGUUCCAGUGGUCCCGAAGUUCCAGUAGUACACAAACGGCUUCAACUGGCCCUACUAAUGACCAUACGUACGGCACCCCAGCAGGACACUACAUGUACAUAGAGACCUCGGCGCCUAGAGUACCGGGUGACAGGGCUCGGCUUAUCUCCCCUGCUUACAAUGGCCCCAGUGGUGUGCAGACCUGUGUGGAAUUCUGGUACAACAUGUACGGGUCCACUAUUGGCACACUCAAUGUCUUCUUAAAGUCCAGUACUGGCCUAGGAAAUCCAGUGUUCACUAAACAAGGUAACCAAGGCAACAGAUGGAUACGAGGUCAGGUGGCAUUCCCAGGAACCACAGGGGCCAUGCUGGUGUUUGAGGGAGUACGAGGCUCGUCCUUCUACGGGGACAUCGCCAUUGACGAUGUCACCAUGAAACCGGGAUCAUGUGCCACUGGGGCACCAGGCAACUGUGAUUUUGAGGUGGACACGUGUUCAUGGAGCAACUACAACAACGACACGUUUGACUGGGAGAGAGGAAGUGGUAGAACAGCCACCACCGGCACUGGACCCUCCGUAGAUAAUACCUUCAAAAAUUUGACUGGGCACUACAUGUUCAUUGAAUCAUCUGCGCCGCGCAGUCCAGGAGACAACGCCAUCCUCCAGUCGGCAACAUUUAGCGGCUCGAGCUCGCCACUUUGCCUGCAGUUCUACUACAACAUGUAUGGUAGCAGCAUUGGUUCCCUGCGCGUGUGGGCCCUGCCUCAGGGAGGCAACUCUGUCAAGGUGUGGGAGCUUAGUGGAAACCAGGGCCUCCAGUGGAGCCAGGCUACAGUCAAUGUUGGUCAGGCCACACAGUUUCAGGUACUUUUCGAAGCUAUUCGUGGAAAUGGUUACCAGGGAGAUAUAGCAAUAGAUGACGUCACAUUCCUGGCUCAGACGUGCACACUGAUACCUACCAAUGCGGACCCUUCUGUUACCACGACAACUGCCCAGCCUAUAAUGGCAACAGCCCCAGCUACCCUCCCUGUCGGGUUCGUGUGCAACUUUGACACAGACGUGUGUGGGUGGACCCAAGACACAACAGACAAUUUUGAUUGGACAAGAUACAGAGGAAGUACAACCACUGCUGGCACUGGCCCGACCAAUGAUCACAGUGGAGGUGGAUACUACAUGUACAUUGAAACCUCCGCACCCCGCCGACCAAAUGACCUGGCUCGACUGAUAAGCCCUGCGAUCAACGGUGCCUCCACCAUGUGCGUGACGUUCUGGUACCACAUGUACGGUCAGACCAUCAAGGCCCUCAACGUCUAUCUCUCCCAGGGCACCACCUUGGGUUCCCCGGUGUGGACUCGAACUGGGAACCAGGCCAAUGCCUGGAAACUGGGCACCAUACAGAUACUUGGAGGAAGUGCCAGCAGUCAAAUCACAAACAUGGUGUUUGAGGGAGUGUGUGGAUCCAGUUAUAAUGGGGACAUUGCCAUUGAUGACAUUACCUUGACAGCAGGACAGUGUACAGGAUCCAAUACAUCUACUACGGCGCCCGCUGACUGUACAUUUGAGACGAUCAAUAUCUGCGGCUACAUCCAGGACAAGACAGACGUGUUUGAUUGGUCGUUCCAGUCUGGAGGGACAGCCACUACUGGCACGGGACCAACCAAUGACCACACUUACGGAACUGCAUCUGGUCACUACGUUUACAUCGAGACCUCUGGAGCACUUCGUCAAGGUGAUGUGGCGCGGUUAUGGACGCCGUCACUCACCCCAGCCAAUGGUGCUUGCCUCUCGUUCUGGUACAGCAUGUAUGGCACAACAAUGGGCACACUCAACGUGUACGCCGUCCAGAACUCCAGCAACCCCAGCCUUGGCAGCCCGCUCUGGAAACGGACUGGAAAUGCGGGAAACACCUGGAUCCAGCAGUUCAUUAAUCUGCCAGCCCUAUCCAACUAUAAUGUGGUGUUUGAAGGUGUGCGAGGCAAUGGCUUCUACUCUGAUAUUGCCAUAGACGACGUCAAAAUGCAGGCUUCUUGCCCAGCACCGGGAAACUGCGACUUUGAGGGAGGAGCAUGCGGGUGGGGUAAUGUUCGUACUGACGACGAUGACUGGGUGCUGCUCCGUGGCAACUACACCGGGGAUCGUAGCCAUCUUACUGGUGACCACACGUUUGGUGCAAAUCAAGGCACGUACCUGUACAUUGGAGAUGGUAGCGUGACCCGCCCGGGCGCCAAAGCAGACGUCAACUCUCCAUCCAUGGUGCCCACAAGCAAUAGUGGUGUCUGCUUCAAGUUUUGGUUUGUCAUCACAUCAGGCCUGGGAACGCUCACAGCGUCUGUAAUAAAGAACGGCACAUCUUCGGCUAGGUGGGUGUUGUCAAACAUGCCGUCAGGGGCCACAGACGGGGUUUGGAGUCAGGGACAGUUUGGCAUUUUGAGUGAUGUUAACUACCAGGUCAUGUUUGACUUUGUGAGGUCGGCCUCAGUUAAAGGGUACAUCGCCAUUGAUGACAUUGUCUUCACACCUGGGACUUGCCAGACUCAGCCCACAGAGGCUAUGAAUGGAGUUUUCUUCUCCACACUGGCUCCUGGCUCAACACAACCCCCAGUCACCUCAGCUCCAUCCCAGUAUGACUGUAACUUUGAGAAUGGCCUCUGCACGUGGCAGCAGGCUCAAGAUGACCAGUUUGACUGGACUCGUAACCAUGGCGGCACCACUACCCUCCUUACUGGACCCUCUAUUGACCACACCACCGGAACAAGUUCUGGAUACUACAUCUACAUUGAGGCCUCGAGUCCUAGAGUGCUGAACGACACUGCCAGAAUCGUGAGCGCCGCCAUUACAUCCACGUCAUCUAAGUGUCUCCACUUCUGGUAUCACAUGUACGGUACCCAUGUGAACACUCUCAACGUGUACAAGAUGGUGGGAACCGGUCUGGGUACGCCCGUCUGGACACGUACUGGGACCCGCAGUGACCAGUGGUACAACGCUAAUGUCGACAUCCAGGGGAGCUUUCAGUACAACAUCGUGUUCGAAGGUGUAAGGGGUACUGAUUAUAGAGGUGACAUUGGACUGGACGACAUCUCUCUCACUGAUGGCACAUGUACAGCAACAGGUACUACGAGUGGAGGUUGUACUUUUGAGGAUCCAAACAUCUGCCAAUUCAUUCAGGACACUACGGAUGAUUUUGAUUGGACGAGAAAGUCUGGUCCCACCACAACUCAGCAGACUGGACCUCCAAACGACCAUACACUUGGAACCAGUCAGGGCUCAUACAUGUACAUCGAAGCGUCCGCCCCACGUACGACCGGCCAGAAAGCUAGACUGUUCAGUCCCAUCAACACAGCUACCAAUGGGGCUUGCGUGACCUUCUUCUAUAGCAUGUACGGGGCCACCAUGGGGACGCUCAAUGUGUACACCAAGGUUGGGUCAGCCCUGGGCUCCCCUGUGCUCACGACCUCUGGUAACCAUGGCAACAAGUGGCUCCAAGGUCAGGUCACUGUGACCUCUGUAUCUAGCUGGCAGUUGGCGUUUGAGGGAAUCCGUGGAAACGGGUACACAAGUGACAUAGCCAUUGAUGAUGUGAGCAUAGUUGAUGGUGCCUGUACGGGGUCAGCUGGGUCAUGCACCUUCGAGACAGACACCUGCUCCUGGUCAAACACCCCAACAGGCGACGAUUUUGAUUGGCUGAGGAAGGCGGGAACCACUGAUACCACUGGAACAGGACCGAGUAGCGAUCACACGAUUGGAUCAUUCCUAGGUCACUACAUGUACAUCGAGACGUCCGCCCCUCGAGUCCCUGGCAACAAGGCUUGGCUCAUCAGUCAAACAUUCAACCCCUCUACAGCCCCACAGUGCUUCACUUUCUGGUACCACAUGUAUGGUAGCACAAUAGGCACUCUAAACGUGUAUCUGAACACCACUACGACUCAGCCUCAGCUCCUGUGGAGUCAACAAGGAAACAAGGGGAAUAACUGGCUGCAAGGACAGUUCCCCAUCAGCCCAGUUCCUUCCCUUUACACCAUUUUCUUUGAGGGCAUCAGAGGCUCUUCUUACCUUGGCGAUAUUGCUAUUGAUGACUUCACAAUGCUGUUUUUUAACUGCGGAUACCAGCCGGCUAGUGCCAAUCCAAGCAGCAUUUCUACAACACAAAGUCCGUCCUCUACACCCACACCAACACCUUUUGUGUCCCAGUCCACCUACGACUGCAGUUUUGAGACUGGAAUGUGCACGUGGACUCAAGACAGGAGCGAUAACUUUGACUGGACUCGAGCCCAGAGUCCAACUGGUACCCAGGUGACUGGACCCAUCGUGGAUCACACACUGGGAACCAGUAACGGUUGGUACAUGUAUGUGGAGAGCUCGUCACAACGGCUGCCCAACAGCAAGGCUCGCCUGGUGUCAGCCAUUGUGCCCACUCAGACUGCCUACUGCCUCCAGUUCUAUUACCACAUGUAUGGACCAAAUGUCAACGCCCUAAACAUAUACAAGCAGGUCGGUAGCAACCUUGGAAGUGCGGUUUGGACGAGGGUUGGGACUCAAGGCAACCAAUGGAAUCUAGGACAGACAGAUCUCCCGGCCUCCGCCUCUACAUACAACAUUGUGUUUGAGGGCGUGGGUGGGCCUGGUUACCGCGGAGAUAUCGCCCUUGACGACAUCAGGGUGUUACCAGGAUCUUGCUCUUACAGUGCUGGCAUACCCUGCACGUUUGACAAUGGACCAUGUGGCUGGAAGCAGAGUCGCGCAGAUGACUUUGACUGGGUUCAGAGGUCAGGUAGCACACCUACAGCCAUGACGGGACCCACUAACGAUCAUACAACUAACACUAAUACGGGUUCGUACAUGUACAUAGAGUCCAGUGCCCCACAGAGGCCUGGACAGAAGGCUUGGCUGGUCAGCGACUAUGCCUCGGGCAACGUUACACAGUGCAUGACCUUCUACUACAGCAUGUAUGGCGCAAACAUUGGCACACUUAACCUGUACAUAAUGACGGGUGUUGCAUUGCCAUCCACUCCAGUGUUCUCAAAGUCUGGUAACCAAGGCAACAUGUGGAUCAUGGGUCAGGCCACUCUCCAGUCCCCGCAGACAUACCGGGUGGUGUUUGAAGGAGUCAUAGGCAACGGUUACCAAGCGGAUAUCGCCAUUGAUGAUGUGUCCCUAGCCCCAGGAGCUUGCCCAUUGCCAGGAAAUUGUAAUUUCGAGAAGGGACUAUGCUCAUGGACAAACCUAGCAGCUGUGGAUGAUUUUGAUUGGAUAAUAGGUCAAGGAAACACCCCAUCAGCACUCACUGGUCCGGCCAAUGACCACACACUGGGAACUGCAAUUGGACACUAUGUGUUUAUUGAGGCCUCAGCCCCUAGAGUGCCUGGCAACCGAGCGGAUCUACAGAGUCCAGUGUUUCAACCCUCAGGCCCACGUUGCAUCAACUUCUGGGCUAACAUGCACGGGGCGGAUGUAGGAACCCUGCGAGUUAACCUGGUUCCUGCCAACAAAACUGCUGGGGGAAAUAUGGCCACAAUCUGGGAGUUAAGCCAGACAGACAAGGGCGUGGCCUGGUUCCAGGGUGCAGCCCCCUUUAACAGUCUUGUCCCUUACUAUAUCGUGUUUGAAGCAGUGCGAGGGAAAGGUUACCUCGGUGACAUUGCGCUUGACGAUAUCUCAUUCACCAAUGCCCAGUGUUUUAUAACACCUCCUGAAGCCUCCACUCCCUACUCCAUGUCCACAUUCUUCCCCUCGGCUGGGACGACCAUUAUACCUACAGUUGCCCCAUCUCUGCUGGACUGCACAUUUGAGACCGAUACAUGUCGCUGGACUCAGAGCCGAACAGACCAAUUUGAUUGGACAAGAAACACGGGUACUACCUCUACCGCCCUAACUGGACCUACCGUCGAUCACACACUUGGCACUGGCACAGGGCAUUACAUGUUUAUUGAGACCUCCUCACCACGGCAACCAAACGACACUGCCCGCCUGGAGAGUCCGUUAGUUCCACCAAAAGGCAAUGCCCAGUGCAUACGAUUCUGGUACCACAUGUAUGGGCCAGACAUCAACACGCUGAAUGUGUACACUAUGAUCAACAAUGUUCUGAGCAGACCAGUUUGGUCUCGCACAGGAACCGUGGACAAUCAGUGGCAUUUCCAGGCUGUGGACCUCACAACUACCGGCGGAACUGUGUUCAAGAUUGUGUUUGAGGGGGUACGAGGUAUCAACUACCGUGGCGACAUUGCCAUUGACGACAUUACUUUCUCACCAAACCCUUGUCAACAAAUAGUUGCCAACCUGUGUGACUUUGAACUGAACACAUGCGGAUGGACUCAGCUGACGACAGACAUCUUUGAUUGGACACGCAGAAGCAGCGGUACCUCCUCUGUAGGAACAGGGCCAACUAAGGAUCACACCUAUGGCACCAGCACAGGCCACUACAUGUACACUGAGGCCAGCGCUCCAAGGGUACCAGGCGACUCGGCACAGCUUGUUACCACACCCUAUUCUUCACCACAGGGAGGCUGCCUCAACUUCUGGAGCAACAUGUACGGCGCAACCAUGGGAACACUCAACGUAAUCAUGAAUAACGGCGCCUCGUCUACAAAAUUGUGGUCUCGUAGUGGUAACCAAGGACCUAACUGGCAGCUUUGGCAGGUUUCUGUUCCAGCCAGCGCAAACUACACGAUCAUGUUUGAAGGAAUUGUGGGUAAUGGGUUCACCAGCGACAUGGCCAUCGAUGAUGUUUCAGUGACAGCAGGGUCUUGCACUCUUCCUGGUAACUGCAAUUUUGAUGACGGCACAAUGUGUACAUGGAGCAACCUGCGCAAUGACAACUUUGAUUGGCUGAUAGGCAGUGGAGCUACUACCAGCUCCUUUACUGGCCCCUCCUCAGACCACACCAGGGCGAACUCUGGAGACAACAGUGGCAAGUACCUGUUUAUUGAGACAAGUGCCCCGAGGGUUCCAGGGGACGUGGCACGUAUCUCCAGUCAGACUUUCAACCCAACCACAGGCAUGUGUAUCAACUUCUGGUUCCACAUGUAUGGCUCCACCAUUGGCACACUCACAGUCUACCUGGUUACUGGGGCAACCAACACCACGCUCUGGUCACUGAGUGGCGACCAUGGGGACCAGUGGUUCAAUGGACAGACUGGAUACUCGUCUGUUACUCCUUUCACGAUCGUCUUUGAGGGUGUGCGUGGUCCAAGUUACCUGGGUGACAUUGCGCUUGAUGACAUCUCGUUCACACAAUCUAGUUGUGGAGUUCAACCACCAGAAGCCUCCCCAUCUGGUCAGUCAACAUCUAGAACUUCACCCUCUACAGUCACCACUCCAAAUCCAGGCUCCACCCCAGCUUCCACCAUCUAUGACUGUGACUUCACCAAUGACUUGUGCAUGUGGGGUCAGUCCCCUGACGAUAAUUUCGACUGGACCCGAGCCCAGGGGCCUACAGGGACUCUCAUGACUGGACCUACCAAUGACCACACCUCCGGAACCAGCAACGGUUGGUACGUGUAUAUUGAGACCUCUGCGCCGCGCAAACCCAACGACACGGCCAUCCUCCAGAGUCCCGUGAUCUCAGACCAGCAGACUCGCUGCCUCAGCUUCUGGUACCACAUGUACGGCACGGAUAUCAACACCUUGCUCGUCUACCAAAAGUCUCAGCAGGGAACCGGCCUCGGCAACAACAUCUGGAAGAAGUCUGGUAACCAAGGCAACCUGUGGGUCCAGGCCACUGUUACCCUCCAGCCACAAACUGGUGGCUACAAGAUUAUAUUCCAAGCCUUGCGUGGACUCAACUUCCGAGGAGAUAUUGCUCUUGAUGACAUAAGAGUCUCUGUGGGACAGUGUGCUCAAACAAACAACCCCACUGUGUGCGACUUUGAGCAGAGCACACUCUGCAGUUACACCCAAGACACCACAGACACGCCAAACUUUGACUGGACAUGGAUAAGUGGAGGUACAGCAACAGUGGGUACCGGACCCACCACGGACCAUACCACAGGAACCAGUACAGGACACUAUGUGUACAUUGAGACUUCUGCUCCCAGACAGCCCAAUGACACCGCCAGGUUGAUCAGCCCUUCGUAUCAGCUUCAGGGCUCUGGACCACAAUGCUUGAAGUUCUGGAACCACAUGUACGGGCAGGAUAUCAACACACUCAACGUGUAUGUGACUGCCUCGGGCCAGGCCAAUAACCGUGGAGCACCUGCCUGGACACGCUCUCUGAACCAGGGUAACCUAUGGAAACAAGCCCAGGUCACCAUUAACCCAACUGGAAGCUAUCAGAUUGUAUUUGAAGGCAUCAGGGGCCGUAACUACAUGGGAGAUAUUGCUAUAGACGAUGUCAUGGUAACAGCAGGUGCCUGCUCUGGAUCCGGUGGGACGUGCGACUUCGAGACAGACACGUGUGACUGGACCAACAGUCAGACUGGGGAUGACUUUGACUGGUUGCGUAACCGUGGUAGCACCACCAGUCAGUUCACUGGACCCAGCAGUGAUCACACGAAGAGUACAACACUGGGCUACUACAUGUUUAUUGAGACAAGUGCCCCUAGAGUUCAGGGCAACAAGGCACGCCUCUACAGCCAGGUGUAUCCUGCAUACAAUGCCAUCAAAUGCUUCUCCUUUUACUACCACAUGUAUGGCCUGGACAUCGGUCAGCUGAAUGUGUACCUGCGCCUCAACCAGUCCUCCUCAUCCUUCUCCACGGAAGCCAUGCGAUGGUCGCUCUCCGGAAACUAUGGCACCACAUGGGCCCUUGGACAGUUUAACAUUUCUACACAAUACACAAGCAGUCCUUUCCAGAUAAUCAUUGAGGGUGUGUGUGGCAAUGGUUAUCGUGGUGACAUUGCCAUUGACGACACAGCUAUGGUUGAUGGAGACUGUUCCCAAGUUCCAGACAGCUCCCAAACAACCUCCACAUACCAACCAAAUGGGGCCAGCUGCAAUUUCGACUCUGACUUCUGCUCAUGGUCACAAAGCACCACUGACCAAUUUGACUGGACCCGUCAGUCUGGCUCCACAUCCAGCUUGGGCACCGGACCACUUGGGGAUCACACGGGUACAGUCAUUGGACAGAAUGGCUCGUACAUUUACAUCGAGGCUUCUGGUCUGCGCCGCGCAGGUGACAGGGCUGACCUCUUGACCCCAGUCAUCUCUAGCACACCAUCUCAGGGCAACUGUUUCUCAUUCUGGUACCACAUGUUUGGCAACUCCAUUGGCCAACUUAACAUUUACACCAUUUCUGGCGGCGUUACAACACUACAGUGGACUAAAUCAGGUACUCAAGGCAAUGCGUGGAAGCAGGGAAGCUUCAACCUUAUCAGUCUGACUGACUUCAAGAUCAUGCUUGAAGGCACAACAACUGGUGGUUUCCAAGGUGAUAUCGCCCUUGACGAUGUAUCACUGGACAGUGUGCCAUGUGCCAACUCCACAACCAUUGUGGGGAGCAGGGUCUGCACAUUUGAGACUGGACUGUGCGGUUGGACUCAGGAUAAAACAGACCUUUUUGAUUGGACGUUAAAUGGAAAUGGAACAGCCACCACGGGAACUGGGCCCAGUUUAGACCACACCUACGGCUCUGCACAAGGUCACUAUAUAUACACUGAAGCAUCAUCACCUCGAAAUGCUGGCGAUACUGCGCGGAUCAUCACACCAGUUUAUCCCGCUACCUCUGGGGACUGUGUGAAGUUCUAUUACAACAUGUACGGUAUUACAAUGGGCACCCUUAAUGUACGCACAAUGACCAAUGGUCAGUUGAACGGGAAUAUAUGGACAAAGUCUGGGAACCAAGGCACCAACUGGAUACUCGCCCAGGCAACUGUUAUAAGUUCAAUACCAUUCCAGGUAGUGUUUGAAGGGAUAGUGGGACGUAGCUUUUACUCUGACAUGGCCAUCGACGAUUACCAGAUCACAGUGGGACCCUGUGCAGCCCCAGCGUCAUGUGACUUCGAGACAGGACUCUGUGGCUACACCAAUGUGGCUGGGGAUGACUUUGAUUGGGCGCGGGAUGCAGGCGGCACUCCCUCGCUCCUUACUGGACCCAAAACCGACCACACAACUAACUCCCCUCAAGGUUACUAUAUGUUCAUUGAGACCAGUGCCCCUAGGGCGGUUGGAGAUAAGGCGUGGCUCAAGAGUGACCCCCUACCCCCCACUACUGGUUCCUGUCUCACCUUCUGGUAUAACAUGUAUGGAAUAGGAAUUGGUCAGCUGACUGUGUACCUAAACUCCAGCAAUACAGGAAAUCUGCAACAACUGUGGAACCAGUCUGGUAACCAAGGUGAUCGCUGGAUCAUGGCCCAGGUUGACAUAACAUACCUGUCCUCGUACUAUCUUGUGUUUGAAGGGAAACGUGGCACAAGUUUCAAUGGGGACAUUGCCCUUGAUGACAUCAGUGUGGCGUCAGGCUCAUGUGCAACACAGGCUGUUUCUACGACAACCAUAAGCCCUCCGUUGACAACUGCUUCUCCCGUCACCCAGUGUACGUUUGAAAGUGGCUUUUGUGGCUUUACACAAGAUCAGUCGGACCAGUUUGAUUGGACGAGACAGAAAGGCCCAACAGCCACUGCCAACACGGGGCCUCGCUUUGAUCACACAACACAGAGCACAAACGGCUACUACAUUUACAUCGAGACCUCAACCCACAACCCCAACGACUCAGCUCGCAUCCUCACACCCACAGUGAGCACUUCCGGCCCAGCCUGCGUGCUGUUCUGGUACCAUAUGUAUGGCGCAGAUGUAAAUCGCCUCUCUGUGUACCUGAAAUCGGGCUCAAACCUCGGGCCUGUCGUCUGGACUCGGUCUGGCACCAAGGGGGACGUGUGGCAGUAUGCUCAGUUGGAGCUGAACACCCUGUCCAAUCAGCAGGUUGUGUUUGAGGCUCUCCGUGGAAACGGUUACCAAGGCGAUAUUGCUCUUGAUGAUGUCACGGUGACAGAUGGAGCUUGCCCUCCACCAUUAUCCUGCGACUUUGAGGAUUCAGGCCUCUGCGGUUUCCAGCAAAUGUUGAACGAUGACUUCGACUGGACGUGGAACUCUGGCUCAACGAGCACCGCAAACUCAGGCCCCACAGCUGACCACACUUUCAGCACUGCGACGGGCCACUACAUGUACAUAGAGACGUCUGCUCCCCGUCGGCAAGGAGACAAGGCAAGGCUCAUCAGCAAGACGUAUCCACCAAUCAACAACCGCUGUCUGACAUUCUGGUAUCACAUGUAUGGUCUCAAUAUCGGCCAGCUCAAUGUGUACGCUGGUACGCCCACCUCUUUGGGAACUGCAAUCUGGAACCUGUAUGGUAACCAAGGCAACCGCUGGCUCAAGGCUCAGGUCACUGUGCAGACAUCUACUGCCUUCCAGAUUGUGUUUGAAGGGGUAACUGGUUAUGGUUACCAAGGUGAUAUUGCCAUAGACGACGUUGCAUUCCUGUCAGGGGCGUGUCCUGGACCUGGUACAUGUGACUUUGAGACCGACCUUUGUGGAUGGGUGCAGAGGACAGACGACACGUUUGAUUGGAUUAGAAAGAGUGGUGGAACACCCUCGUUGAAUACUGGACCUACUGUUGACCACACACUUUCAACAUCAACUGGCUACUUCCUGUACAUCGAGACUAGCGCCCCACGUCGUCAAGGCGACGUGGCCAUCGUCCAAUCGCAGGAGCUCCAGAACCUCAACAACUACUGCUUUACCUUCUGGUACUUCAUGCACGGGGACACAGUGGGGUCCCUCAAUGUCAGCUAUGAGGCACAGGAUGUUGGCCAGAACCAGAUCUGGAGCCUCUCUGGGGAGCAGGGGAGCAUCUGGAAACAGGCAGCUGUCGACUUCGGCAACACCCCAGGAACAUUCCAUCUGUUGGUGUCAGCCAGUGUGGGGACAGGCUUCACAGGAGAUAUUGCUGUGGAUGACUUCCAGCUAAACCCAUAUGCAUGUAGCUUGGUGAACUUCAACAACAAAACGGUGGACUGUGGUGACCAGAACCACACUAAGAUUAGUGUCACUCAGCAAUGUGACUUCAAAUCAGACUGUCCUAACUUCAAUGAUGAAAUGAACUGCGGUGAUUGCAGUUUUGAGCAGGGUCAAUGCGGCUGGGCUGACAUAAGCUCAGGCUCCCAGCAAUGGGGUAUAGGAAAUAACGGAUCGUAUGCUGGCAAUUUGGCAAAGGGACCGACUUUUGAUCACACAAUUGGAAAUGGAAUUGGCCACUACAUGUAUGUGGACACUAAUGUUGGCACCUUUGGCACGCUGGCUCAGCUGAUUGGCCCCACCCUGCAGGCAUCCAGCUCCUCCUGCCAACUCCAGUUCUACUACCAUCUCAAUGGCAUAGGCAUCGGCUAUCUGCGGGUGGCUAUCCGUGUGAACAUGAAAGACACAGUUAUCUGGGAACAGCAUGUCUCCCCGGGCAACAGAUGGACCCUAGCAACUGUAAACGUUGGCAGAAUCAAUCAGCCAUUCCAGAUGAAAUUUCAAGGAUACAAGUCCUUCAGUGUAAGGGGUGACGUUGCCAUUGACGAUGUGCAGCUCAUCAACUGCAACUUCCCAAGUGUACAGCCCUCGUGCCCACCCACCUACUUCACCUGCGCUCGUAAAGCCUGUGUGCCCUCAUCAAGUGUGUGUGACUUUACUGACGACUGUGGAGAUAACAGUGAUGAGGCCCAAUGUGAUGGCAACCCCUUGCGGUGCAACUUCGAAACAAGUUUGUGCGACUGGGCACAAGACCAAACGGAUGAUUUUGACUGGACAAGAGCAACAGACAAAACUGCAUCUGCAGGGACAGGGCCCUCUCGAGACCACACGACUGGAACCUCGGCUGGCCACUAUCUGUACAUUGAGACCUCGGCGCCAAGGAGACCAGGUCAACGUGCUAGGCUUGUCAGCACCCCCUUCCUAUCAACCAAUGGCUCUGUUGGAGGUCAAUGUAUUCUUCGAAUGUACUAUCACAUGUUUGGACCAACAAUCGGGUCACUUAAUGUCUACACAAAGAAUUCCGCUCUUGGCCAACUCAAGCAAGUAUGGCAGAGAUCUGGUAAUGUGGGAGACUUCUUUGAGCGUGUGGACAUACAGAUAUUUGAGUCACAAUCCUUCCAGAUUGUCAUUGAGGGAGUUGUUGGAAAUGGUUACCUUGGUGACAUUGCCAUUGACGACCUUUCAAUGACCCCUGGCUGCACACGUUCAACACAGUCUUUGCCUACUGGAGUGCCUGUUUCCACGACUGCCAAUCCAUGUGGCCCGGGUUUCUUUAUUUGCCAGUCCGGAGGGUGUGUGUCUCAGACCAACGUGUGUGACUUCAGCCAGGACUGUACUGACGGCUCUGAUGAGUCCAUGUGUGGUACCUGUAACUUCGAGAAUGGGCCCUGCGGCUGGACAGAUAUCAGCUCUGGACGCUACAAUUUCCACGUGUUCCAAGGCAACUCCCCAGGAACAGGGGGACCCAAUACAGAUCACACUCUUGCAAACACAACUGGCCACUACCUGUUGGUUGAAGGCAGUUCUGGUCAGUUCUUCUCUCGAGCUCUGGUCACCACGCCCGUUCUAGGACCAACUGGUCCGAGCUGCCAAGUCCAGUUCUACUAUCACAUGUUUGGAGUAAAUGCUGGCAACAUUCGGGUUCUGGUCCAGAACGCCAACAUCUCCACAGACAAGACCUACAUCUGGAGCAAGACAGGUAACCAGGGUAACGGCUGGCAGCAGGCCACAGCAGACAUCGGUCAGCUGGUGGCCGGAUACCGCAUACAGUUUGAAGCUCUCCCUGACCGCUCCAUUCUCCAGGGCAUACCAAACUCCGAUAUGGCCAUUGACGAUGUGACUUUCAUCAACUGCAAUGCCAUUGCUGUGGAUACAAACUCAACUGUCAACUGCACCUUCGAGACGGGUUUCUGCAACUUCCGCCAGAUCUUGACAGAUGAUUUUGAUUGGACGCUCACCAACCAAACAACACCAACUGCUGGCACAGGACCCGAUAGAGACCACACAACAGGAACAGGUUUUUAUAUUUACAUUGAGACGUCUUCGCCCCGCCAUCAGGGUGAGAGGGCUGUACUUUCCUCAGGCAUACAGAACCCAUCGGGCUCCCCACAGUGCCUGACCUUCUGGUAUCACAUGUUUGGGGCACAUGUCAACACGCUCAAUGUCUAUAUAAGACAAACAAACGGCAACCAAACAAUGAUCUGGUCUCGCUCUCGUACCCAGGGCAACGUUUGGCGACAGGGUCAGCGCACAAUCAACCCAACCACCCAGUAUGAACUGCUAUUUGAGGCUGUGGUUGGAUACAGUUGGCAAGGAGACAUUGCCCUGGACGACAUCUCACUCCUUAAUCAGGCGUGCCCACCACCAAACACUUGUGACUUUGAGGCAGACCUCUGUAGCUGGAUACAAGACACGGUUACUGACCAGUUUGACUGGACACGGGAUCGAAACGGCACCCAGAGCCUUAACACCGGCCCCUUGGUUGACCACACCACGGCUAGCCCUCUUGGUUACUACCUGUACAUUGAGGCCUCUGCCCCGAGACAACCAGGUGACCUGGCUCGUAUCACGACCCCGAGCUUCCAGAACACUGCUACUGGAUCAUUCUGUCUCUCGUUCUGGUACCACAUGUAUGGUAACAAUAUCGGUUCCCUUAACGUCUACCUCCAAGAUGGCGGAAGCAAGACCAACGUUUUCACUCGCACAGGAAAUCAAGUGAACUUCUGGCUGUAUCGAUCAGUGACUGUUAAUCCAUCAUCGCCACAAUUUUCUAUUGUUUGGGAAGGAACUGUAGGAAAUGGUUACCAAGGGGACAUUGCAAUUGAUGAUGUCAUGGUCGUGCCAGGCACCUGCCUAUAUCCUGGCAACUGCAACUUUGAGAUGGACACCUGCGGUUGGACAAACACCAAUGCGGAUGAUUUUGAUUGGCUGAGAAGUGCCGGCAGCACUUUGACGGCGGGUACAGGGCCCUCUGUUGACCACACAACAAACUCCGAUGCAGGUUUCUACAUGUUUGUGUCCGCCCUGGGACGUAAUGCAGGCCAGCGCGCCUGGUUCUACAGUCAAUACUUCCCGCCGACCAGCGCUACCUGCAUGUCCUUCUGGUACUUCAUGUAUGGUCAAGGAGUAGGGACAAUGCGCCUGUACCAACCAACAUCAGUGAACUCCUCCCUGCUGUGGCAGAUGACCAGUGACCAAGGCAACAGCUGGGCCAAUGCUCAAAUCACCAUCAACAGCACCACCAACUGGCAGGUGACAUUUGAUGGCCAGAUUGGAACAGGUAUUCAAGGAGACAUGGCUAUUGAUGACAUAAUCUUCACUCCUGGAAAGUGUACUGGUGUAAUACCAACAUUCGCCCCCGUACAAUACAGUACUCAACCAGCCCCAACCUACCCACCCUCACCCUACGACUGUGACUUCGAGACAGGUGCCACGCCCACGUGUAGCUGGACCCAGGACACCACAGACCGGUUUGACUGGUCACCCAAACAGGGCAUAACCGGCUCUCUUGAUACUGGUCCAACAUUUGACCACUCGCUGCAAAACCAGAACGGCCACUACGUCUACAUAGAGGCGUCCGGACGGCAACCCAAUGACACUGCCCGUCUCCUCAGCCAGUCUGUGCCACUUGCUACCGGUGGAAAGUGCCUCAAGUUCUGGUACCACAUGUAUGGCUCUGACAUCUACAAGCUAAAUGUCUACGCUAAACUUGCGUCGAACCUUGGCAGUGUUCUGUGGAGCAAGAUGGGGACACAAGGCAACCAAUGGCGAUUCACCAGUGUCUACAUAACACCGCAGACCUUGACCCCACCCCAGCAGGACAUCGUCAAUGUUAAUUUUGUUAUAGAAGGCAUAGUCGGCAAGAGUUACCGUGGGGAUAUCGCAAUUGAUGAUGUCACUGUCAAUGAUGGUCCCUGCCCACCAACAGAUGAUUGUGACUUUGAAUCCCCAACCAUAUGUGGCUACACUCAGUCCCAGAGCGACAAUUUUGAUUGGACGAGAGCGUUUGGGUCAACAAGUACAUCGGGUACAGGACCAUCUACAGACCACACCUAUGGCACAAAUACCGGAUACUACAUGUACAUUGAGACAUCGCCACCCACAAGGACGGGUGACAAAGCUCAGCUGAUAAGUCCCACCUACCCACCGACUGCGGGCCGGUGCCUCAAUUUCUACUACCACAUGCUGGGUCCUGGCAUUGGCACCCUUAAUGUCUACAAGAGCCAGCAGGGCCAGAACGGACCCACUAUUUGGUCCAGCACGGGCAACAAGGGAGAUCAGUGGAAUAUUGCACAAGUCACUUUGAACAGUAACCUCCCUUUCCAGAUUGUUUUUGAAGGCAUCAAGGGUAGUACAACUCUUGGAGACAUUGCCAUUGAUGACAUCCUCCUCACGAACGGACCAUGCCCAUUGGCUGGAUCAUGUGACUUUGAGACUGGUUACUGCACCUGGGUAAACGACCAGUCAACAGAUGAUUUUGACUUUGUGCGAUUUAAAGGCUCCACUGCCAGUACAGCCACUGGGCCUACCAAUGAUCACACUUUGGGGACAGCUCUGGGCUACUAUAUCUACGUAGAGGCAUCGUCUCCAAGAAAGCCAGCUGACAAGGCAAGACUGAGGUCGCAAGUGUUUGACCCCACAGCUGGGAGCUGUCUGACCCUCUGGUACAACAUGUAUGGGGCCAACAUUGGCAGCCUGAACGUGUACACCCAGCCAGUAGGAACCCCGGCCACCACUCUGAACAAAGUGUUCAGUCUCUCCGGCAACCAAAACCAGGCCUGGCAACAAGCCAAUAUUGCUCUGCAGUCAACAAGGCAGUUUUUCAUAAUUAUUGAAGGCACUGUUGGGAAUGGUUAUUCAGGAGAUCUGGCACUUGAUGACAUUUCUGUUAAUGCUGGUGCUUGUUCACAGACACGUCAUCACCGCCAUUGUUUGACUGUGGAGUAUCAGGAAGUGUUCCGAUUGCGGCAACCAAGGUGUGUGACUUCAUUCAAGACUGUUCCAAUGGUGCUGACGAAGCCAACUGUGGUUCAUGUAACUUUGAUUCCACCGACGAUGACGUCAUUUGCGGGAAUACUGAUAUUAGUGUUGGCUCCUUCCGUUGGCAGAGGGACAACUAUGGCACUCCGACAAACAACACGGGACCGACUGUUGACCACACAACUGGAACAAGUAGUGGCUACUAUAUGUAUGUUGAUGCCAACAAUGGACAGUUCAACGCCAAAGCCAUACUUCAGACUCCAAUUCUGCAGUAUGCCUCAUCAACAUGCCAGUUCUCUUUCUGGUACCACAUGUAUGGCACAGGCAUUGGAACUUUGACAGUUUCUACCCAGAUCGGAAACAUCAUCACACCCAUUUGGAGUUUAAACGGCAACCAGAGCAAUGCCUGGAAUCGUGGCCUUGUGGAUAUUGGCCGCAUUUCAGGACCCUUCAGUCUGCUUGUUCAAGCCUCCAGAAGUUUUUCUGU